CGAGGCGUUGUAGGGAAACAGAACACGAGAGAGAGAGGAGAGGAGAGAGAGAGGAGAGAGCGGAGAAAAAGGUUAAGAUCUUGUCACAAAUCCCUAAUCUAUCGCUAUCGAACUCCUUCUUCGUCUCCUCGAGGGCUUGCCAUCCGUCUCCUCGUCGAUGCCGCCUCUGAAUACCAAUCGCACCCCCGAUUCCUCAACAGCGCUUUGUUGCGAUUCGCAUUGAAUCGUUCCGGUGUUUAUCUUUGAUCGAGGAGGGAGGAAGUGGUCGUUGUUCGGGAUUCCUCGUCGCCGAUGCGAUUGGUUCGCAUUGGAUUUGGAGUCGGUUUGAUCGUUGGCGGAUUGGGGUUUCGCUGUUAUACCUGGUGGGGAGGAGAGAGGUGGCAUGAAGAACAGGAAAGGAAGCGGGGAGGUUGACGAAAAGGUGAGGUUGGACGUGACCGAUUCCAAUUCGGAUGAUUGUUACGCUGAGCAGGGGAGGGCGGCUCGUGAUGUGCAGAAAGGGGAAAGGACGCAAUGUGGUGACAGUUAUGGAUUUGUUUCAGUAGAGAAAAACAGGAACAGUGUUUUGAGGGACCAUGCUGCGAAGCAAUGUGAAAUCUUCGACACUGACAUGAGAGAAGCGAUUGAACCAGAUUUGGCGGGGAAGAGUAGAGAAUCAGCUGUUGCUGAUAAUAACGUGCAUACUGACAUUUCUCAACACGAAGGUGGUGUUUUGAGGGUGCAAGGAAAGGGUGGUGUCUUGAGGGUCUUCCUCAAUAAGAAAGCGGAUCGACUUGAACGUCUCUGUUCCAAUAAUAUUUAUGAGCAAAGAUCAAGUGCGGGAGCUACAUUGAGGAAGAUAAACAGUGAUAUAAGUGUGGAAAGCAGAUUCAGUGAGCAAAUGCCAGAGUCGGAGAUUUUACCUCUGAAAAGAGAAAAAAGGAGAACAAAGAUGCAAAACAGGAAGACCGAUUCUAAAUUAAGGGGUUUUACCAAUUCAAACAUUCAUAAAAGGGAAUUGAAAGAUCAGCUAAAAGAAAUACUUAUAAAUGCUGGUUGGACAAUAGACCUAAGGCCAAGGAAAGGCAGCAAAUAUGUAGAUUCUGUUUACAUACCUCCUAAAGGACGAGGUAGUUAUUGGUCAAUCACAAAGGCUUAUGCUGCGUAUCAGGAAGGACUGAAUAGAGAAUGCGAUGGGAAGACCAAGGGUCCUUUUGAAAGGCAGUCUAAAGCAUCUCUUGGUAGUGCUUAUAAUAUACCAAUGGACUCCCUAAAUGUACUGAAAAGAAAUGUUGUUAACAAGAGAAAAAGGAAGGAAGCACCUGAAGAAGUCCAAAGUUUUGAAAAGAAGAAAUCAGAGAUAAUGUUUGACACCAGGAGGCAACCUAGAAUUAAGGAAACCACAGAGAUGGCUGAUGAACUUGUGGGAAGAAAGAACUUAAACAGCUCCUUGGAUUUAGACUCAAAAACAAUAGUUAGUUUUGUAGCUCAUAAUCACUUCCAAAUAGAAAAAAACAAGCAUAGAGUAUGUGCUCUAUUAGCUCGUAGAUGCUAUCAGGAUGCAGAAAUUGAAGCUAAUGAUUUUGUUCCAUAUAAAUGGAAGAGGACAGUUUUCUCAUGGAUGAUAGAUCUUGGAAUCCUGUCUGUAAAUGGAAAAGUGAAAUACAUGAAUCAGAGAAAUGAAACAAAAUUGAAAGGCUGGAUAACAAGAGAUGGCAUUAAGUGCAUCUGCUGUACUAAAAUUGUUUCUGCAUCAAAGUUUGAGCUUCAUGCUGGGAGCAAACUUCUCAAGCCAUCACAAAAUAUAUAUUUGGUGGACAGAGGAAUUUCCCUCUUACAAUGUCAAUUGGAAGCAUGGAAAAAACAUGAAGAGUUGGGACAUCAAGGAUUUUGCAGUGUGGACGUAUGUGGCGAUCACCCCCACGAUGAUACUUGUGCUAUGUGUGGUCGUGGUGGUGGUGAAUUGAUUUGUUGCAAUGAUUGUCUUUCAACAUCCCAUCUCAGUUGUUUGGGUAUGGAGGCGCUUCCUCAUGGAGUGUGGCACUGUAAACACUGUCGCUGCAGGUUCUGUGGUGAAAUUUGUGCAGAUGCUACUAAAAAAAACAAUGGAAUUGAUUCUUCGUUACUGUCAUGCAACCAGUGUGAGGCAAAAUAUCACCAGGAUUGUGUUGUUCAACCUGAAUCAGUUUCCAUUUCAUCAAACCCGAGCAGUUCUUUUUGUACCCAAAGUUGCAAGAAGGUUUUUGAAGGAUUGCAGAAGAUUUGGGGGACCAAGAAUGACUUGGGAGCAGGAUUUUCAUGGAGCAUUAUUAGGCGAUUUGAUGAGAAUCCUUCUAUAUAUAAGUUGGAGUUGCAUCAAAUGGCAGAAUGCAACUUGAAGAUUGCUAUUGCUCUAGCCAUUCUGGAUGAGUGCUUUCUGCCAAUUGUUGACCAGAGAAGUGGUUUUAAUCUGAUUCAUAAUGCUGUCUAUAACUGUGGAUCGAAUUUCUGUCGCCUGAACUAUAGCAGUUUCUGCACAAUAAUUUUGGAGCGUGGUGACGAAAUUAUCUCGGUAGCCUCUGUCAGGAUACAUGGAACCAGGCUUGCAGAAAUGCCUUUUAUUGGGACAAGAAACAUGUAUAGACGACAAGGCAUGUGUCGCCGACUUCUUGGUGGAAUUGAAUCAGUUCUCUGUUCAAUCGAUGUUGAAAAGCUGGUUAUACCCACUAUUCCUGAACUAAAGGAUGCAUGGACUAAUGUAUUUGGCUUCAAGCCUCUUGAUGGUUCCCAAGAACAAGAAGUUAGGUCUGCAAAUAUAUUGGUUUUUCCUGGUACUGAUUUACUUGAGAAGCCACUGCUGAAGAUGCUUUCCCCUGAAAAACCUACACCUAUUCCUAGAGAUGCAAUGGUGGAAAAUGACAUCAAACAACAGGCAAACAUAGUUAAAUGUUCUGGGUCUGCUGCUGCUGAGCACAACCUCCAUGCCUCUUGUCAGGCUGCUGUAAAUUGUGUGAAUGUACUUCAAGCCAAACCUGCAUUUGAAGCAGAGAUUUCAACUGAGCAAAAACCUGGCUUGAUUCGUGAAAUAAUCAUGGCUGCUAGUCAGGAAAGAGAGUGAAUCUGGUACCUUGAAUAACCUGCCAUAAUGUGAUGUUUUGAUGAAAAUUUCUUCAAUAUUCUUGCCUCUGAUUUUCAAGAGUCAGGAGUUUUUGUUACUUAAAAUCUGGAGAAGGUUUUCUGGAAUCUAGAAAUUGUAGCAUAGUUGUCUGUAUCUGCAUCAACUCCUGCGCUUGAGUAUAGGCUUCAAUGAACCAAAAAAGCUUCUCCAAGUUUAGCGGAGAACAAUGGUUGUUAUUAAA